AUGGUGUCCCGGGUCUCGAUCGUGGGCGCAGGGCCAGCUGGUUUCGCCCUUGCUGCCGACCUCCAAAAUCACGGUCUCAACACACUCGUUUAUUCGCACCAGACUCAUUUGCGGCAUGCCAAGGAUGUCAUGAAGAAAGGCGGUCUGCAGCUGAGCGGCAUGAUGGAAGGGUUCAUGUACCUGAGCUUGACUACCGAUAUUGGCGAGGCGGUAGAAUUCUCGAGAAUUUUGAUUCUCACGGUCCCUUCCACUGGCCAGCAGACAAUCUUGGACGAGUUGAAGCAUUACGACUUGCGUCGCCACACGAUCAUUGCGGUCCCGGGGAACCUCAUCUCUCUGCUGAUGGAUGCUGAAAUCGAAGUGGGGAAUAUCCUGGAGACCAACCUGUCACCGUACUCCUGCCGCAUGGACGAGAACAAUUUGCUUGUUUUCGGGAGGAAGAAAGUGGUCUUCAUCACAGCCUUACGGAACGACGUUCACCCCAGAUUCUAUGACGAUAUUCAGAGCAUCUUUCCAAUGCGGCUCAAGUGGUGCAGCAGUGUGAUCGAAGUCAGCUUGUCCAACGUCAACGGGGUUUUCCACCCGGCGAUGAUGUUGAUGAACGCUGGUCGUAUCGAAAGCACUGCAGGCGACUUUCUCCUGUACCACGACGGCCUGACUCGAUCAGUGGCCAACACGAUGCUUGCCAUUGACCAGGUCCGCAUGAAGAUCGGCGCGGAGUUUGGACUUCGUCUCGGAAGCGCCGUUGACAUAUCCAACGAAUGUUACAAUCAAGGCUUCACUGACCUGGUUGAUCUGGCCCGUAACUCUCCGCCUCACAACAAGCUCAAGGCUCCAGGCGAUAUUGAGAAUCGAAACAUUUCAGAGGACGUCCCGGACCUGCUGGUGAGCUGGCAUGGCUUGGCCGAAAAGCUAGGCAUCGAUGCUUCACCCAUCGCCGCGAUCAUUGUUCUCGCCGAGAUGGCUACCGGUAUGGACUUUCGGAAAUCGGGCAGAAAUCUCAGAAGGCUUCACCUGGAGGGUGUAGGACGGGGCGAGCUGGUUGCGAUGUUCAGCCCCUUUCUCGCCACACAGAGUGAGGCCCGAUUGUGA